AUGCCCGGUCAAAAGCUGUAUCCACGUGCGACGGUCAAGAAAAUCGUCAAGGCUCACUCCAAUUGCAGCGUGAGCAAGAACGCAGAUGUCAUGAUCUUUCUGGACUACAUGCUGUUUAUGCAAGAUCUGGUGAAAGAAGCCUCCAUUGAAGCCAAAAAGGGUGGUGAAAGGGGCAUCACGGCACGCAGUGUGAAGAAGGUGACGGCGGAUUCAUUGGCCAAGUUCAAAGGAUGA